AUGUCUUUGCUUUCAGAUCUUAUCAACCUCAACAUUUCUCAAACCACCGCUGAUAAGCUCAUCGCUGAGUACAUAUGGAUCGGUGGAUCUGGGAUGGACCUAAGAAGCAAAGCCAGGACUAUUUCUGGUCCAGUAAGUGACCCAGCAAAACUUCCCAAGUGGAACUUUGAUGGGUCUAGCACAGGGCAAGCUCCAGGGGAAGACACUGAAGUCAUCCUAUACCCACAAGCUAUUUUCAGGGACCCAUUUAGGAGAGGCAGAAAUAUUCUUGUAAGUUUUUUCAUUUUUAAUAACUGGCUUCUUCUAAUUAAGCAAGUGAUAUGCGAUACUUACACCCCUGCUGGAGAGCCAAUUCCAACCAACAAUAGGUACAACGCAGCCAAAGUUUUCAGCCACCCUGACGUAGUUGCUGAGGAACCAUGGUUCGGAAUAGAGCAGGAGUAUACCUUGUUGCAGAAAGACAUAAAUUGGCCACUUGGGUGGCCACUUGGUGGCUAUCCUGGACAACAGGGCCCAUACUACUGUGGGGUUGGUGCUGAUAAAGCCUAUGGCCGUGAUAUUGUAGAUGCACACUACAAAGCUUGUCUCUAUGCUGGCAUUAACAUUAGUGGCAUCAAUGGAGAAGUUAUGCCUGGCCAGUGGGAAUUCCAAGUUGGCCCUUCUGUUGGCAUUUCUGCUGGAGAUGAGCUAUGGGCUGCUAGGUACAUACUCAAGAGGAUUACGGAGAUAGCUGGAGUAGUGGUGUCAUUUGAUCCCAAGCCUAUAGAGGGAGACUGGAAUGGAGCUGGUGCUCACACAAACUACAGCACCAAGUCCAUGAGAAGCGAGGGAGGUUAUGUGGUCAUCAAAAAGGCCAUUGAAAAGCUUGGAUUGAAACACAAAGAGCACAUUGCUGCUUAUGGAGAAGGCAAUGAGAGACGUCUCACGGGAAAGCAUGAAACAGCAGACAUCAACACCUUCUCUUGGGGUGUGGCACUCCGCGGAAGCUCUAUUAGAGUUGGGAGAGAGACAGAAAAAGAUGGCAAAGGUUACUUUGAGGACAGGAGGCCUGCUUCUAAUAUGGAUCCGUAUGUGGUCACUUCCAUGAUCGCAGAGACCACCAUCCUCUGGAAACCAUGA